CUUCAGAUUGUCCACCGAGACUUGGCAGCAAGGAAUGUACUGGUGACUGAAGGGUUAAAGAUGAAGAUCUCAGACUUUGGCCUCAGUCGGGAUGUGUACGAGGCAGACACAUACUUAAAAAUGAGCAAAGUGAGUCUAAAUUAAUACAAGGUUGUUGGGGGGGGGGGUGCAGUUGUAAAAGGGAUCAGGAAUCUAAAGAACUACAAACCUGCAUGUUUAGUUUAGAGAUUAUUUUGAUUGAAAUGUUAGUAGAUAACAUAGAGAUUAGAGAUUAUGUUUAUUGAAAUGUUAGUAGAUGAUGUAGAGAUUAGAGAUUAUGUUGAUUGAAAUGUUAGUAGAUAACGUAGAGAUUAGAGAUUAUGGUCAUUGAAAUGUUAGUAGAUGAUGUAGAGAUUAGAGAUUAUGUUUAUGGAAAUGUUGGUAGAUAACGUAGAGAUUAGAGAUUAUGUUUAUGGAAAUGUUGGUAGAUAAGAGAGAUUAGAGAUUACGAUUAUGGAAAUGUUUGUAGAUAACUUAGAGAUUAGAGAUUAUGUUUAUGGAAAUGUUGGUAGAUAACGUAGAGAUUAGAGAUUAUGUUUAUGGAAAUGUUGGUAGAUAAGAGAGGUUAGAGAUUACGAUUAUGGAAAUGUUUGUAGAUAACUUAGAGAUUAGAGAUUAUGUUUAUGGAAAUGUUGGUAGAUAACGUAGAGAUUAGAGAUUAUGUUUAUUGAAAUGUUAGUAGAUAAGAGAUUAGAGGAUGUGUUCAUGGGAUUGUUAGUGGAGACAGUGAAGCGGAAAACGUUAGAUAUGGAGGUACUGGUGUGACGGGAAAGUGGGAUGGAAAGACGCUGAUCACCGUGGUUGGUGGUCUGGGGAUGGGUGGUGUUGCUCUCUCGGUAAGAAUCGAUGAUGAUUUCACCCACAUUUAUUAUUUGAAAGGGACGCAUGCCUGUCAAAUGGAUGGCCCCUGAGUCUCUGUACGCUCAGAUCUACACGAUGAAAAGUGACAUGUAAGUAGCUAUAAGACUUUUGGUCCAAUAUGUAACUCACGUAAGACUUUUGGUCCAAUAUGUAAUUCACUUAAGACUUUUAGUACAAAGUGUAUAUAAAUUAAGACUUUUACUUUAAUAAAUAAAUAACUUCAAACUUUUAGUCGUAAGUGUAAAUAACGGAAGGCACUUGGCUUCAUAUGUAAAUAACUUAAGUCUUUUAAUUUUAUAAUGUAAAUAACUUAAGACUUUUUCUUUAAUGUGUAAAUAAUUUAAGACUUUUAGUUUAAUAUGUAAAUAACUUAAGACUUUUAGUAUAAUAUGUAAAUAACUUAAGGCACUUAGCUUAAUAUGUAAAUAACUUUAUGUUUAUGAGGCAACUGGCAACGAUCUGUUGUUGAUAGCUGCUUGUUUUCAUGUUGCCUGAUGGACAUCGCUGCAUGUCUCUCUGCGCCAGUGAAACACAAUAAGCAUUUUUGAGGUCAAGGAUAAGACAACGCAUAAAAACUAUAUUCCCCUGGAAUCUCAAUAAUCUCCCCUUGAGUUGAACGCGGAGGCCUGUAAAAAAACAAAAAACAAAAACAAAGUAAAAGCUCAGAUCUGUCGGCCACUUAUAUAAUGAUCGUUGCUUGUCGACACGUAAAAUCUGUGUCUAUAAGAUUUCCUGAACCUGAAAGGGAACACAAGAGAUGAUGUGGGUUGUUGGUUUUUUCGUCUCACCGCCAUCAAUCUUAUAGCGUAUCUGGUAGAGGUGAAUUGGGGUUUGCUAUUUGCUAUGUUCAGGCACAAACUUAUAGCAUCGCUAACUUGUUCUGAAGAGUUCACUGGUACACGUGUCUACUGCCCACCUUGACGUGCUGAAAAAAAAUGUGAGGGGGGGGGGGGGUUUGCUUCAACGGACUGGGGGUCUUUUUUUAAAUUUUAUUUUAAAAACUCAGAAUUACUUGACAUUAUGUUUGCUUCAACGGACUGGGGGUCUUUUUUUAAAUUUUAUUUUAAAAACUCAGCAUUACUUGACAUUUCUCUCCGUGGAGUUCAAUGCCUCUUCCUGGCACUCAUUCGUAAACCUCAGGGUGAGAAGUGCUCUAAGACCUCAACGCGAGCAAGCACUCGUGCGCACUUGAGCACCAUUUAUAAAGAGAAAACUCUCUAACCCCAUUUACCCAGAUAUCGAGAUGAAACGAAACGAGCGGCAUCCUAGUGAAAUACUAUUAAAGCUUGCAAACAAAAUUGCAGCAUGCUUGUAAUUUAAUUAGUGUUAAAUUGAUAAGAUUGUCAACCAAAUAGGGCCAGGGUUUGUUUUAAAUCGUGUGGCACUACUUGUGCUACUUGCAUUCAUCUCACUUAUGUUGUGUUUUAAUGCUGCUAAGAUGGUCGUAUGGGAUUGUACUGUGGGAAAUUGUCACUUUAGGUAAGAUUUUGAAUCACUUGUCACAAAUUGUGUAUUUAUAAUUAUAUUACUUUUUUUUUUGUUAAUUAUUAUUUUUUUUAUUAAUUUCUUUUUUGGUAUGGAUUUUUUUGUUUUUCCACUAAUUUGUUGAUGUGAAAAUCUCAUUUUAAACUAGAAAACUAUUUGAUAAUUAAUGUUGACCUAGUUAGUUCGAACUUAACUGUUCUCAAGAAUCGUACAAACCAGUGGUCGGCAAAUCGCGGCUCAUUGACCUGAGUGCGGCUCGGCCAGUCGACCGCAAAUCGGGUUUGAAUCAGAAAAACAUGGUUCUUGUCAGGUCCAUGAAAGAAAUUUGGCUCUCAAAUUUGUUUCGUUUAAUCGUCCUUCUGCUGAUUUUUGACUCUUUUGCCGAAUGAGUUUGCCGACCACUGGUAUACUCUAAUGGAUCAAAAUAUAUCAUUAUUUUAUAAUACAAGAUCAUGUCUAUUGCAUGAUUAACACAGAUAUUUUGAAAGAAAAAACCAGUCUUACUUUGUACACAGGGCCGUGUUAAGAGCUUCUGGGCCCUGAAUAAACAGCAUCUGGGCCCUGAAUAAAGUCAUCCACUGAGCCCCCCCCCCUCUUUUUCCUCUCUAACCCAUUCAAGUAAUGUUAGGAAAAGUAUUUCUUUAGGACCAGUGUGUCAUUGAGAUAAUUUUAUGGGGGAGGAGGGGGGGGCAUUGCAGGUGUUUGGCAAGGUGGCUCACGUGGGGCAUCCUCUAUCAGGGGCAGACUCCUUUGCCCCCCCCCCCACCAUACGGAAACAUUAAAUUCCUUCCAGUUGGGACGCCCCCUGAGUAUCUCCUUUUGUCCCCAGCCUAGUGUCGCCCCUGUAAAUCUAUCAAGUCCAACUCUACUUGCACAGAACUUAAGAAAAAUCAUUUUAGCUUCUAACAUCUGGGGGUGGGGGAGGGUGGGGUCUGGUGCUGGGGUGUGGUCUGGUGCUGGGGGAGGGGGUGGGGGGAGGGGGAUGAAGCAGUAUAAUUUUCCCAGAAGUUAUGUAAUUGAAAUUAAUUUGUUUCAUUCCAACAAUUACUUUCUUCACAUAAAUUACCUAAUUAUUAAUGGACAGAAGCGAUUUUGAUAAAAUAUGUGCAUUUACUUCAACACAUUUCACACAAAACACGCACACACAUACUGCCCAACCCACAAACACACACACACACACACACAUACCGCCCAACCCACAAACACACACACACACAUACCGCCCAACCCACAAACACACACACACACACACACCACCCAACCCACAAACACACAAAAACACACACACACACACACACAUAACACCCAACACACACACACACACACACACACACCCACACACCCACAAACACACACACACACACAUACCGCCCAACCCACAAACACACACACACAUACCGCCCAACCCACAAACACACAUACCGCCCAACCCACAAAGACACACACACAUACCGCCCAACCCACAAACACACACACGUUUUUAAUAGCCACAUUUUUGUUUUAAUUUAAUUUUUCCAAGACUCAAAUAAAUCUCAUCAUCAUAAUCAUCAACUACAGCCCAUGUAGGGCCCUGGCCUGUUCCACCACAUCCUUCCAUUCGGAGCGAUCCAUGGCUUUCCGUCUCCAUGCUCGAACCCCCAACUGGUGUAAAUCUAUCUCCACAUCAUUCAAAUAAAACUACAAAAUUCAAAUUGAAAAUCGAAAAACGUGCUCACACAAACUUAGGAAACCUGGCAACUUCCCACUGCACUUUGAAAGCAAAUUCAAUUGCCUAAAGAUCUUCCAAUAUUCAUUAACAAUGUGGGAUACUUGAUGCCCCUAGAAGCGUGAGGCCCCGGGCAACUGAUGCCCCUAGAAGCGUGAGGCCCCGGGCAACUGAUGCCCCUAGAAGCGUGAGGCCCCGGGCAACUGAUGCCCCUAGAAGCGUGAGGCCCCGGGCAACUGCCCAGCAUGCCCUUGCCUUAAGACGGCUCUGCUUGCACAUGUUUUUGUUACCAUUGAAUCGUGGAAAGUGAGAGAUACUUACUUACUUAUUGUUUUAUAUUCAUAUCCAAAGGGGCGUCACCCUAUCCUGGAAUCCCUCCCGAAAGAUUGUUUCCCCUUUUGAGUACCGGCUACCGUAUGGACAGACCUGAGGAUUGCCCGGAAGAGUUGUAAGUAUCCCCGUGUGCUAGGUCAUCUGUCUGGCUGGAACUUUAUAGAUAUAGAUUUUAGAUGGAUAUACUUUACACUUUAUAUGGAUAUAUUUUAUGUAUAUAUACUUUAUAUAGAUAUACUUAAUGUAGAUAUACUUUAUAUAGAUAUAUUUUAUGUAGAUAUACUUUAUAUGGAUAUAUUUCUUAUAGAUAUACUUCAUAUAGAUAUAUUUUAUCAUAUAUAUAUAUAUAUAUAUAUAUAUAUAUAUAUAUAUUAUAGAGAUAUAUUUUAUGAGGAUAAGGAAAUUUUUUAAAAAAUAAUAAUAAUAAAACUUUAUAAUGAGUAAGGAGGGGGGUAGUAAAANAUUGUGAUAAUGCACCUCUAUUUCAUUGUGAUAAUGCACCUCUAUUUCAUUGUGAUAAUGCACCUCUAUUUCAUUGUGAUAAUGCACCUCUAUUUCAUUGUGAUAAUGCACCUCUAUUUCAUUGUGAUAAUGCACCUCUAUUUCAUUGUGAUAAUGCACCUCUAUUUCAUUGUGAUAAUGCACCUCUAUUUCAUUGUGAUAAUGCACCUCUAUUUCAUUGUGAUAAUGCACCUCUAUUUCAUUGUGAUAAUGCACCUCUAUUUCAUUGUGAUAAUGCACCUCUAUUUCAUUGUGAUAAUGCACCUCUAUUUCAUUGUGAUAAUGCACCUCUAUUUCAUUGUGAUAAUGCACCUCUAUUUCAUUGUGAUAAUGCACCUCUAUUUCAUUGUGAUAAUGCACCUCUAUUUCAUUGUGAUAAUGCACCUCUAUUUCAUUGUGAUAAUGCACCUCUAUUUCAUUGUGAUAAUGCACCUCUAUUUCAUUGUGAUAAUGCACCUCUAUUUCAUUGUGAUAAUGCACCUCUAUUUCAUUGUGAUAAUGCACCUCUAUUUCAUUGUGAUAAUGCACCUCUAUUUCAUUGUGAUAAUGCACCUCUAUUUCAUUGUGAUAAUGCACCUCUAUUUCAUUGUGAUAAUGCACCUCUAUUUCAUUGUGAUAAUGCACCUCUAUUUCAUUGUGAUAAUGCACCUCUAUUUCAUUGUGAUAAUGCACCUCUAUUUCAUUGUGAUAAUGCACCUCUAUUUCAUUGUGAUAAUGCACCUCUAUUUCAUUGUGAUAAUGCACCUCUAUUUCAUUGUGAUAAUGCACCUCUAUUUCAUUGUGAUAAUGCACCUCUAUUUCAUUGUGAUAAUGCACCUCUAUUUCAUUGUGAUAAUGCACCUCUAUUUCAUUGUGAUAAUGCACCUCUAUUUCAUUGUGAUAAUGCACCUCUAUUUCAUUGUGAUAAUGCACCUCUAUUUCAUUGUGAUAAUGCACCUCUAUUUCAUUGUGAUAAUGCACCUCUAUUUCAUUGUGAUAAUGCACCUCUAUUUCAUUGUGAUAAUGCACCUCUAUUUCAUUGUGAUAAUGCACCUCUAUUUCAUUGUGAUAAUGCACCUCUAUUUCAUUGUGAUAAUGCACCUCUAUUUCAUUGUGAUAAUGCACCUCUAUUUCAUUGUGAUAAUGCACCUCUAUUUCAUUGUGAUAAUGCACCUCUAUUUCAAAGGGUUUUCCCGCUUUUGCUAAUACUUAAUUUAUUAGUGUGCUAAAAAUUGUUUAGUUCUUUGUUGUUUUUUUAACAGUGGAGCCAAAUGCAUAGUCUGAGAAUACCAACUUUUUGGAAGGUUAUCCCCCUUAGUUUCAGACAGACGACGAGAAUAGGUUUUAUUUGAUGAAGAUUCACGAGACAAAAAUAGAUUAUUCCAAUGACCUAUUUAAAUUUUUUGUUUGCCUGAUUGAAAAGGUAUGCCUUGAUGCAGAAGUGUUGGAAGACCGAACCAGAGAACAGGCCGCACUUCUCAAUGCUCAGAGACAUUCUGGAUCACCUGCUGCAGCAGAACACGGUAAUUGAACCAAAAAAACUACCAUCCUGACCAACAUUAACAUAACCCCGCCCCCCUUUUUUUUCCCCCCUCCCACACAUUGCCGCGCGUACGGUAUUUGAAAACUUCCGAAAUAGUUUGAGCAAAUAAUGGGACAAGGUUUGAGGGAGCUUGAAAGCUAAGGACAGGACACUAAAAGAAUAACGUAGUUUCGGCCAUCAAUAGUUUGACUGAGGACAGGACACUCAAAGAAUAACGUAGUUUCGGCUAUCAAUAGUUUGACUGAGGACAGGACACUCAAAGAAUAACGUAGUUUCGGCUAUCAAUAGUUUGACUGAGGACAGGACACUCAAAGAAUAACGUAGUUUCGGUUAUCAAUAGUUUGACUGAGGACAGGUCACUAAAAGAAUAACGUAGUUUCGGCUAUCAAUAGUUUGACUGAGGACAGGACACUCAAAGAAUAACGUAGUUACGGCUAUCAAUAGUUUGACUGAGGACCGGACACUCAAAGAAUAACGUAGUUUCGGCUAUCAAUAGUUUGACUGAGGACAGGACACUCAAAGAAUAACGUAGUUUCGGCUAUCAAUAGUUUGACUGAGGACCGGACACUCAAAGAAUAACGUAGUUUUGGCUAUCAAUAGUUUGACUGAGGACAGGACACUCAAAGAAUAACGUAAUUUCGGCUAUCAAUAGUUUGACUGAGGACAGGACACUCAAAGAAUAACGUAGUUUCGGCUAUCAAUUGUUUGACUGAGGACAGGACACUCAAAGAAUAACGUAGUUUCGGCUAUCAAUAGUUUGACUGAGGACAGGACACUAAAAGAAUAAGGUAGUUACGGCUAUCGAUAGUUUGACUGAGCAUCUUCCAUCCAAGUUUAUGGUUUGGUCGGGAUAUAGAGCUAUUCCAGAACAUGUCCCUCAUUUUUCAAAACAAAAUGAACUUUAACUGAUAAAUCUUUUACCUUUAGGCUAGUCUUUCUAUUGGCGAUUUCUGUUGAUCAGUUUUUACAGAAACGCUGCUAUGAAAGUUUGGUCGAAUUGCUGAAAGAAAAAAACAACAAAAAAUUAUUGCAACUAUUAUUAUUGUUACUAAAGCCUGAAUCUGAGUCCAGUUAAACAAAAUUACUUUUUUUUACUAGCGUAGACUACGGACAUUAGAUUGAUUGUUCUUGUGAUUUAUCUCCCCUCAGGAGUACCUUGAGCUGUCCAAUGACAACUAUUUUUCUUCUAAUUCUGCCUGUGGUAAGUCAAACAGUUCAGCCAUUGCUGAAGAAGAUGCACACUUAAAUAAUGACCAUGUGGCUCUUUGAGGCUUUUCCUACUAUGGCAUGCCAAACAAAGCCUGAUCAAAAGUUGACAUUCUUUUUUCUUUGGAAUGCAUGGCUGUGACACUUAGAAAUUUUUAAAGUUAAUUUAUGAGCUGACCUUUGAACCCAAGUUGUCAUCAAAAUCAUCUCUCACGGUAAUUGUAUGUAUUUUUGUGUCUAUCCUUUCCUCAGACAGCGAUGACAGACGUCGCAACAUCACGCCUCACUAUGGUAAUGUCUGCUGUGUGAACCAGUGUCCGCCGGAUGCAUAUGUCACCACGCACUGGCCCGGAGAAGAGCUCGGUGAUGGGGAGUGCCCGGAAAUGUCCAAACUUCUGGUCCAAAGCGAAACGGAGCUGGGAGCCGAGGACAGCCUGAAAAAUAAACAUUGUAAAGAUGGCCACAAACGAACAGGCCGUCUGCUGGUCCACGAAAACCUAACUUAUGUUUAGCAGAGGACACAACUCUUGCAGAUGGUAGUGUGACAGUUAUUUCUCUCGGCUAAAGACAGAUGAUGUUGUCCUUGGACCCCAACUGAUCCUCCCC